AAUGGAAAGAGAUUUUCUUCUCUUUGUUGCUUCAUGCUUGUGAGUUGUGAGAGAUUCAACUGGGUUUUGGUAACACGUAACUAAUCUGUGGUUAAGCUAAUCUAAUUUUUGUUGGCAUUAUAAUUGUUCCACGCGCCAUAGAGAUCCAUUCUCGUGCAUAAUUCGUCCCAGCAAAAAUGAUGUCUCCAGGGAAAGUCUCUGAAGAUCGGGGAUCUCCCCAUUUCAGGCACACCCCUUUACAGAUAAUCCAUAUUAUUGGCAACCUCUUGAGAAUAUGGUCAGUUUAUUCCAUGUACCGCUACUUGACUCAGACGGGAGCUCCAGUCAUUCUUUUUUUGUUCUGUUGUCUGAUACCAGCAUCCAUCCUUUUUUUAAUACUGCAAAAGCCUUGGAAGGGCAGGCCACUCUCAAAUCAACAGGUGGUGCCUUCUAUAAUAAACGGUGGCAUAACAGCUUUAUACUUCAUCAUGUGGGGAAAAGGCCUCAAAUCAUGUGGACCAGUCAGAGCUAUAUUGGCGGAGUAUUCUGGUGCUGUUCUUGGAGUAUUAUCUGCAGUAUUAUAUGGGCGGAGGGGCAAUGUUUGGAAGAAGGUAGGCGGCCUUGUUGCAAUGUUGGCAUCUUUCUACUUACUAGCUCAAGGGUGGGCCAUGGCGACAUACUCCCCAUUUUCAUUUAAAGAUAGCCCUGAUGCUGAGGUUCAGACAGAACAAGUGUUGGGUGUGACAGAAAUGGUAGUUCCUAUUUUUGCUGGAGUCUUAUCGGCAUUGAGAAGGGUGAUUGCCCGGCGUGUGUCUCUCAAGAAUCAACUUAAAAGACGGCUUCAUGCUAUAACUAUUGCUUCUGCAACAUGCUUUCUAUUUCCUGUGGCCAUGUGGGACAUGAUCAUAGGAUCACCUUCUGGUAGCAGUGUGGAGUUGCCAUUCUCAGCUUGGGCUUUUUUGAGCACUAUUCUCUUUGGAGUUAUCUUGAUAUUCUAUGUUGACAGUAUUGCAGAAGAAAGAUUACAUAUGGUUUUCUCUUCUCCGAGGCAUUUAAUGGUAGCUGGAGGAUGCAUCAUCGUCAUGGAGGUUGUGUACAAAAUGGACUUCUCUCUACCAGGCUUCCUAAUUUGCUGCUUACUUUUAGGCUUUGGGAUAUAUGAGGCAACUUCUUUGGAACGUACAAAGAAAGAUUCUGUUCAAAAUCCCAAUCUAUCAAAUGGGGUGUUAGACGACGAAAACCAAGUGUCUCCGCUUCCAAUUUGAACUGGAGUCCAGGGGCCAAGGAUUACACAUCACACAUUGAAACUGAAUAGACAAAAAAAAAAAUCACUAUGCACUGGGAGCACAAUAACAACAAUGUGCCUUUGAAUUUUGAUAUAUGGGAAACUUAUGGCGUGCAUAUGUAAUGGGUGAAAAGUUAAGAGUAGACUGCUGUUGUAGUGUGUUGGUUUGGGUGAGGGAGUUUAUGAAUUUCUCAUCUCUGACCACUCUAUAUUUUCGUGCAGUUGUCAAUUUUUGAGUUUAUUUAUAUCAAAACUCAAAAGGAAAAUUUGUUGUGUUGGGGAUAUGUUGAUUCUUUAUAACCAGAUGGUGCGUAGCAGGAAGCAACAAAUAUAUCUUGCAUCAGUCACUGGGAACUACCAGUCAAAUACUUGAUUUUUGAAAUGCUCUGACACACCCCAAGCAAACUGUUGGUUGUUCGGAUGUUGAGGUGGCUUCGUUAUAUUGGUCCAUACAGUUUAGAUGGUUAAGAUUUACACUUACCUGCUGAAGGAAUAGGCCUGUACCAAUCUGAGAGGAGUGAGAGAUAAAGAGUGCUUUCUCUUACAAUUAAAUUGUUGAACAUUAACGCUACCGACUUUCUUGUUAACCAAUGGAAUUCUCUUGUAAUGGUGGUAGUCCUUUUUAU